UGAUUAUUAAAAAUAUGUAUUUUGUGAUGAAACAGCUACCAUGAAGUACCAAUUUUUGUUUUUGUGUUUGUUUGUGUUGGUUCAAGAUGGACUAUCGGCCAUGUCGGAAAAGCAAAUGGCAGCUACAAAAAGGCUAAUAAGAAAUACGUGUAUAAAUAAAGUAGGAGUUACACCAGAAAAAGUAGAUGCGAUGCAUAAAGGAGAUUUUGAUUUCAAUGAUAAAUCAAUAAUGUGUUAUACGCAUUGUAUUUUGAUGACCUAUAAAUUGAUGACAAAAGAUAACAGUUUUGACUGGGAAGAGGGUAUAAAAGUUAUUGAAGCCAAUGCACCUGCUUCUCUUGCCAAAACCGCUGUUCACUCGUUUAAAAGCUGCAAAAACUCCGUAAAAACCAAAGACAACAAAUGUAAAGCUGCCUUAGAAAUAGCCAAAUGCCUCUAUGAUGAUGAUCCACCGAAUUACUUCCUUCCAUAAGAACAAUAAGAAUAUUAUCUGAAAAUACCACAAUGAUGCCACAUUGUUUAUCUGUAAAUCUAUAAUAAAAGCAAAUUAAAUU